AUGGCGACUAUUCAAGAUGACGAUGAGCUGUUAUUAGCUCGCAUUGGCUAUAAACAGGAACUUCGACGAGAGUUUUCUAAAUGGUCAACUGUCUCCUACGCUAUCUCCAUCCUCGGGGUCCUCGGCUCGGUCCCCGCAACCUUCGGCUCGCCCUUGGCGGCUGGUGGACCUGCAACAGCAGUCUGGUGCUGGUUGAUUGGGUCUUGUAUGGCAAUGUGCAUUGGCAGUUCCGUGGCAGAACUUGUAUCGGCAUACCCAACAGCAGGUGGAAUGUAUUUUGUCACAAAACAUGUUGUGCCGAAAGACCAAGUCCCUAUUUUCUCGUGGAUUCAAGGAUGGUGCAACCUACUAGGACAGACAGCUGGUGUGUCUAGCGUGGCGUAUACUGUCAGUCAGAUGCUACUGGCGUGUGUCAGUAUGAAUUCGGAUUUGGAAGAUGGGCAGUACUCAUAUUCACCUACUGCACUCCAAACAGUAUUGGUCUCUAUUGGCCUACUGUGUAUUCUCGGCGUGAUCUGCUCAUUGACAACCAAAACCCUUCAUCGGAUUAUUCUCUGGUUUGCACCAAUUAAUAUCACCGCCACCAUCGCCAUUUGCAUUGCAUUACUAUACCUAACCCCAGAUAAAAUGCCCGCAUCGUGGGUCUUUACCCACUUCACCGAUGGGUCUGGGUGGGGCUCUAAGACCUUCUCCUUCUUCUUGGGAUUCUUGUCUGUUGCUUGGACGAUGACGGAUUACGAUGGUACAACACACAUGUCAGAAGAGACCCACGAUGCUGCCGUUCGAGGCCCAGUCGCCAUCAGAACCGCCGUCUUCGUCAGUGGAGUAUUCGGAUGGCUACUAACCGUCUGUAUGUGUUUCUGUCUAACAGACUUUGAAGACAUCCUCAACUCGCCCACCGGUCUGCCAGCUGCGCAGAUCUUCCUCAACGCAGGAGGGAAAACAGGUGGUACAAUUAUGUGGGCAUUUGCGAUUCUAGUGCAGUUCUUCACUGGAUGUUCAGCCAUGCUGGCUGAUACCAGGAUGGCAUAUGCGUUUGCGCGAGACAACGCAUUGCCUUUUUCGAAGCUCCUCUCCAAAGUGAAUCCUAAGACACAUACUCCAGUGAACGCAGUCUGGUUCGUGGUGAUUUUCAGUAUUGCCUUGAACUGUAUCGCUGUUGGCUCUACUGAGACUGCGACGGCCAUCUUUAGCGUGACCGCACCGGCACUUGAUCUCUCUUAUAUCUCCGUUAUCUUGGCCCAUCAAAUUUAUAAGUCUAAGGUCAAGUUUGUUGAGGGGCCAUUUACCCUUGGUAAAUGGGGAACACCUAUCAACUACGUUGCUGUCACUUGGGUAGUUUUCAUCAGCACGAUUCUCUUCUUCCCAACUCAGCUUCCUGUGACGAGGGCCAACAUGAACUACGCUAUUUGUGUUGCAGCCUUUAUUGCUUUGUUUGCUUUGGUCUGGUGGUGGGCCGACGCUCGAGGAAAAUACACAGGUCCUCAGACUAAUGAUAUUAUUCGCGAGAUCCCAAGCGAAGACCCGGGAUAUGAGGCACACAAUGGCCAGGAGACUACCUAUGGGACUGUCUAA